AGGAUGGCCAUCUCCGUUCUGAAUCCUCCCCUUCUAUUCAAAAUCCUUAAACCCCCUCCGAAACCUUUCCUUACAGAUCACUUUCCUCCAUUGCCUCAUCUCUGUCCGUUUCAUCAAUCAUGUCUGCAGCACAAAAGCGCCUCACCCAGGUCUCUGGCCACCUUGCUGGUUCCAAGAGCACUAUUGCUCCCACAGAAGGCGACAGCUCGUCUGCGCGAGCUAAGCUUCUGCAAAAGAACCCAGACGAUGUCGUCGUUACUGCAUGUCUUCGCACGGCAUUUACAAAGGGCGGCAAAGGCGGAUUCAAAGAUACAGCUGCAGCUGAUCUCCUAGCUGGCGCCUUCAAGUCUCUCAUCGAGCGCUCGAAGAUCGACCCGGCGCUCGUCGAGGAUAUUGCAGUUGGCUCAGUUUUGCCUCCCGGAGGAGGAGCCACUGAAUUCCGUGCUGCGGCUCUUGUUGCUGGCUUCCCUGUCUCUGCUGCGGUCAAGAGUCUGAACAGGCAAUGCUCUUCUGGUCUACAAGCUUGCGUGGAUAUUGCGAAUGCGAUUAGCACAGGUAUGAUCGAGGUGGGCGUCGGAGCCGGUGUGGAGAGCAUGAGUUUGCAAUAUGGCCCGGGUGCCGUCACUGAAUUCUCAGAACUCCUCGAAUCACACCCAGAAUCCCGAAACUGUAAAGUACCCAUGGGCGUUCUCUCGGAGAAGAUGGCCAAGGACCGAGGCGUUUCCCGAAAAUUACAAGACGAAUUCGCGGCCUCCUCAUACCAAAAAGCUAUCAAAGCACAAGAAGCUGGUCUCUUCGAUGAGGAAAUUGCACCUCUGACCGUCAAAUGGGAAGACCCAAAGACUGGAGAUAUGAAGGAGAUCACCGUUUCGAAAGAUGACGGAGUUCGACCUGGCAUUACUGCUGAAAGCUUGGGCAAGAUCAGGCCAGCAUUUGCGAAAGAUGGCUCUAUCCAUGCCGGAAACGCAAGCCAGAUCUCCGACGGUGCUGCCGCUGUACUGCUCAUGAAGCGUUCUACUGCUGAGCGACUUGGCCAGACCAUUCUGGGCAAGUAUGUCGCGGCGUCAGUUGUUGGUGUUGCUCCUUUGCUUAUGGGAAUUGGCCCAUGGGCUGCAAUUCCUAAGGUCUUCGCGAAGGCUGGAAUCAACAAGGAUGAUGUGGAUAUCUUUGAGAUCAAUGAGGCGUUUGCCAGUCAGUGCGUCUGGUGUGCGAAUGAGUUGGGACUUGAUCAGAAAAAGAUCAACCCUAAGGGUGGUGCUAUUGCUUUUGGACAUCCUUUGGGAUGCACGGGCGCUAGGCAAGUAAGCACCCUGCUCUAUGAGCUGAGGAGAAGAGGAGAGAAGGUGGGAGUCACUAGUAUGUGCGUUGGAACGGGAAUGGGUAUGGCUGCCGUCUGGGUGGCUGAAUAAGGAGGGGGACCGGAAAAAGGCUGUACGAAUAGAACCAGAUAGACUGGGAGGAUACGUUGGAUAACUCAAUCAUGCAUAGACUUCAUGAGACGCUC